CGAAACAAUAAAAUGUCACAUAACGUUUGGUGUCUUAUGUCUGAGCUACAGCCGUGCGUGUAACAUUAUCUUGGUUGUCUCGUGUAUUUUUCAUUUGGAAUCAUUGUAAAUUCGUAAGCUAGUGAGGAGUGUAGUGUAGAAAUCUCUGUUAUGUUUUUGGUGUGACGUGAAAGGGAAAUGGUAUAUAAGUACAGUAGAUAUUUUGAGAGAGCUAGAAGGCGCUGAAAAUGCAGGAAUUUUCUAAUGACAAUACAUGGAAUAGAGAAAACGAGAGUCGUGCAAACAGGAUGGUGGAUAAUGAUGAGGCCACGCAGGAGGGAGCCCCAAGCCUCCACUCUCUGUGCCAGCGGCAGACGCUCCAGAACUAUGCCAGGGCGCUGCAGCUCCUGGACGACCCUCUGACGUCACUGGAUGCAUUGGACAAGAACGGCAGGACGCCUCUGCACGUCGCUGUCAUCAACAAGAACGCGAGGAUGGUGGAGCUGCUCCUCCGAAGGGGCGCCGACAAGGAGAUUCCCGACAGAACGUAUCAGUACACGCCUUUAUUCGAGGCGGUUAUCAAGCAGUCAGGCUCGUGCUUGAAUUUGCUGCUUGAUGCCGGCGCCAGCGUGAACGCCCAAGACGUCCGCGGCUACUCGGUGCUGCACACGGCGGUGCGCCAGGGCAGCCCCAUGGUCGGCCUGCUGGUGGACAGAGGCGCGUCCGUCGUCUACCCCGACUCCAAGUACGGCCGCACGCCCAUCCAUAUCGCCGCCGAGUUGGGCGCGACGGAAAUCUUGGAGACACUCCUGCAGAAAAGUUCGAAGGGCGCAGACAUUAAGGACAGGAAGGGCAUGACGCCCCUCCACUUCGCCGCCGAGCGAGGCCACCGGAACUGCUGCCAGGUCUUGCUGAGAAACGGGGCCAGCCCCUCGGCCAAGAACAGGUGCAACGAGACCGCCCUCCACAUCGCCGUCAGGAACUGCUACCUGCUCACCAUCCAGAUGCUCUUGGCGCACGAGCACGACAUCAACAACAAGGACAACAACGGAUUCACGCCGCUUAUACGCAUCACGACUUGCAAGAAAUUCGACGCCGAGAAGGUCCUGCACCUCCUAUUGGAGAGGCGGCCGGACCUGAACGCGACGUGCCCUAACGGAGACACGGCGCUGCACCACGCCGUGAAAGGCGGCAGCCAGGACAAGUGCCGCAUCCUGGUGGAGGCGGGCGUGGACUGCAACGUGCAGAACAAGCACGGCAUAACGCCCCUCCACAUCGCAGCAAAGAAGAAGCUCCCUGAGUGCUGCGCCGCCAUCCUGCGGCUCCCCUACGACGAGAUCUUCCUGAACUCGUCCAACCUGGACCUCGACGGGCGGGAGAGCUACAGGGGCGGCGCCGACGUCGAGAGGAGCCGGACUAGCCUCGACGUGAGCACGGAGAGCAUUUGGGACAUGGAGCGCGCCCCGAAGACUCGAGUCGACGUCAACAUCAAGGACAACAACGACAUGGCGCCCCUGCAUUAUGCCCUGGAGAAGCAGUCGGUGGAAUGCUGCCUCCUGCUCAUCAAGGCUCGCGCCAACAUCUCCCUGAUAAGCAGCGGCAUGAACAGGCCCCUGCACCUGGCGGCAGCGGCUGGGAUGGACCGAGUGUGCAGCCGCCUCCUGGUCAAAGGAGCGUCCGCGAAGGAGGAGAACGACAUGAAGGAGACGCCGCUGCACCUGGCCGCGAAGGCCGGGUCCUUGACCUGCUGCCGCUUGAUCUACAGGAGCGGCGCCAUCUGCAAUGCCCUGGACAAGAAUGGCAUGACGCCCUUGCAUCACGCGGCAAAAAUAGGCGCCGAGGACUGCUGCCGCUUUUUCCUUGCGAAGAGGGUGAACAUCCUGCGCGACUCCACCGGAAGGACGCCGCUGCACAUCGCCGCAGCUAAAGGACAUUUCAGCUGCUGUGAGCUGCUGCUCACCGCCGAAACCAGCUGGCAACUGGACGUCAUGGACUGCCACGGCUACACGCCCCUCUUCCGCGCCUUCGAGAACAAGUGGGACGACGUGUUCGUUUUCCUCCUGCAGAAGUUUCAGCAUCGAACCCCCAGAGACCAGCAUCGGUCGAGGAAGGACUCGCUGAGAAUCCUCAAGGCCUCGGGAUCAGGCAACCUGAGCCACAGGCUCCACGCGGCCGAGGAAAGCGCCAACCAGAAAAAAAUGAGCUUCGUCCUCAGUCGCUGCAUUCAGGAAAGACGCAGCAAGGCCGUGGAGGGGAUCGUCAGGAGCGAAUUCUGGGGUGACGCCCUCGCACCCGUCGCCGCCCAGCAAAGCAACCUCCGGCUCCUUAUCAUUCACUAUCCUGAGCUUGCCAAGGUCGUGCUGGACAACUGCGUGCUGAGUCGACCGUCGUGCAAGGUGUUCCUCUUCUACUUCUUGGACGACACGUUCACCGUCCCGCAGAUCGCCGCGAGCCCCGACGCCAGGAUAAUCAGCAACGUCUCUUUCCACUUCUACUCGACGCUCGUCUCGCGGGCGUGGGCAGCGGCGAGGGCGAGGUUCAGGGCACGCACCGGGAACGUUCUGGACAAGGUAUCCUCUGCUUGCGACAGAAUCUCGGGAAAGUUCUGGAGCGCCGUAAUUUUCCCCCCGGAUUUCGGUUCUGUCGAUGCGGCCGGAAGCGCGGCAGAGGAACUUGGACUGCCCGAACGACCCCCCUGGUGCCCCUUUACUCCAGAGGGAUUGUUGGCGGACAGUGCCACCCUCAAGUACGACUCGGAGGACGCCUGGAGGAACGAACACCCGCUCAGCCUCAUGGCCAAGCACAAACGACUAGAUCUCCUGAAACACCCUCUGUGCCUGCGCCUCGUCUCCUACAAGUGGGAUAGGUACAUCUGGCGUGUCUUCUAUGCGCUGUUUCUCUUGCCGUUCCUGUUCGUCGUGGCCCUCUCUUUCUACGGCACUAUGGCCUAUGACUGGGAAUGCGUGUUGCAAGAAUUCAACAUCACCCGAGACCAGCUGUGCAACCGAGAAGAGGAGCAAGGCAAGUGCACAUUGGAGAGGGAGAGUAGCUUUCGAAACACCUUUGCGGUCGACGAGUGCUUGGUCAGUGAAGGCGCGAAGGGAUACGGGCCUGACAAAGUUCUUGCGAGACUGAGGGACAGCCAAGUCAACCUGAAACUUCUCGAAAAAUUCGUGUGGCUGCUGCUGGUUCUCAAAGUUUGUCUUGAGGCUCAAAAACUCCAUCACUUACGAAGGACAAACUUAGAAAAAUGUUUACAAAUGGCGUGCUACCUGACCUCUGCAGUCUUCUUGUACAACUGGACGGAGUGCUCUCAGGUCACGGGAGUCAAGGAGGACUUGCAGUGGAAUUUCGGUUCGCUGUCCGUGCUCCUGGCGUGGUUCGACCUGAUCUUCAUGCUGGGCACGAUCCCUACCUUCGGCGUCUUCGUCUUCAUGAUCAACGACUUCCUGCGGUUCAUGCUGAAGCUGUUUGUGAUCGUGUUCCUGCAGGUGAUCGCCUUUUCCUUCGCCUUCCACAUGCUCCUGCGCGGGAGGGCCUCCUUCAGGAACCUGCCUUGCGCCAUCAUGAAGAUCGUGACGAUGAUGCUAGGCGACUUGGGCUACGACGACCUCUUCAACAACACAGAGAGCCCCCUGCCGUAUCCGACGGUCAGCAACAUCGUCCUCGUCUACUUCCUCUUCCUCAUGGUCAUCGGCAUGAUCAACAUCCUGACGAACUUCCCGCAGGAGGUUCUGGACAAGGCCAAGAAGCAGACGGAGCUCAUGAAGCUGUCGAGGCCGCUCAACGCCGUCCUGGAGAUGGACUCCAAGUUCCCUCUGCUGCGCGGAAGGUACACCGUCGGCUGGGUGGUGGACGGCCUGCAGAAGGAGGACGAGGUGGACGGCAAACGGGGGAAGGACGGCGAGGAGGGCAGCGACAGCGACGAGGACGCCCCCGAACAUCCGCGCUGCUGCCCCUGCCGGAAGGAGCCCUCCGAGAACCUUCUCCUCAAGAUCCUGAACGAAGUGAGCGCCCUCAGCGAGACCCUGGAGGAGAGGAGGUACUUCUUGCCUCACCGCCGCUCGAACAGCAACAGGGGAAGCAGGAGCUGAGAACGGCGGCCGCAGCUCCCCCGUCGACGCCUGACGCAGGGCACCCAGAUGCCAGCAGCUUCAUCACAUUAGAACUGUUUUCUGGUGGAGCCAUUCGCCGUCGUAGGUUGUUAUCUGUAACCAUGUCCCUGCAUAUAUUUG